AUGAAUGAAAAGCAAAUCAAAGACAAAACUCAAGAAACUUUUCUGAGACAUCAGCAACACCUGCAGAGACAAAGAGAUGCUAUCGCGUACAGGAUGAAGAAACUCGCAGCCAAGCAGGUGGAGAUGACGAGACAGACCAAUGAAGUGAAGGACAAGAUCAAGAAAAAGUAUGAGGACAUGAAGCGGGUUCUGGAUGAGGACCUCAGGAUCACACUGACCCAGCUGGACAUGGAGCACGAGGCCACAGAGAGGUUCGUGGAGGAGAGGAUUGAAGAUUGCUACCACCUCACCCAGGAACUGGACCAGGAGCUGGCCAACAUCAGUGCCCAGGUGAAGAAGGACACAAAACAAAUGGACAUUCAGGCUGCUGAAACAGAAAAAAGAAUUUCCGAGACGCUGAAGUUGACUGAUCCUGACCUGAUUCACACGGACCAGUUCAAGAAUGAACAGCUUCUCAGUCUUACCAUCAAUCUGCUGCUGUUCAUCAGAUCCCAAGUCCCUGUCACCAAGAAGCUGUUUCAGAGCUAUGCAGCAGAUGUCGUCCUUGACCCUGACACCGCCCACCCCAAACUGAUCAUCUCCCCCAAAGGCGACCUGGUCACCUACACAGACACCUGGCAGGACGUCCCAGAGAUGCCUUCCCGUUUUGAUACCACUCUUAAUGUUGUCAGUCGGCAAGGCUUCAGCGAGGGCCGCCAUUACUGGGAGGUGGAGGUGAGUGGGAAGACCUACUGGGAGCUGGGUCUCACCUACCCGAGCAUCCCACGAAAAGGCCGCGAGGAGGACUGCUGGCUGGGCCGCGGCAGGGAGUCCUGGUGUGUGGAAUACUUCACUGGAGACUACACAGCCUGGCACGGCGGCGUCCCGCAUGAGCUGCCCCUAGUGGCGGGCAAACAGUUCACUCGCAUUGGGGUGUACUGCAGCUUUCCCGGGGGCUUGGUGUGCUUUCUUGGUGCUGACACCAUGACUCCCCUCCACUGUUUCUGUGCUGGCACCUUCACAAACACCCUCCAUCAGGCAAUAUGUCCCGGUCAUGAUAACCAAGGGACUAACUGGAAGCCUCUUCAGAUCUGCGAUGCCUCUAGAUCAGCUCCCACCCUCUGA